AUGAAGCACAUCUUGGUAUUGCUGUCCUCAGCGGUGCUGCUUUGCAGCGCUGCUCCAGCAUUUGAGAUGGUAACAUGCAGUGAAAAUAGCCAUGCUGCGGCAGCACGUCUGGCAGUGCAUCACAUCAAUGCACAUCAUGACCAUGGCUACAAGUUCAGACUCAGCAAGACCCAACACAUCAAAGUGGUUACGGUUGAUGGGGGCUGUGAUGUUGAGUUGGGGUUGAAGCUUCUGGAAACAAAGUGUCAUGUUGUCAACCCCAGACACUUUGAGGACUGUGAGAUCCGUGAAGAGCACGAGCGGCCCGGCAUCAUGUUCAUAGAGCCAGGAAGAAUGUAG